AUGUUUCGUCGAGUUAGAGCGCUGUGCACAGAAGAGAUCGAUCGGAUGGCAGCUCAAAUCGAGAUUGCCAACAAACUUCAAGAAAUAGGAUACCCAGCCAUUGUGUGCGGUGAAAAUGGAGCACAUUUUGAAGUGACGGAUCACGAGCAUUGGCGUCGCGAACCAUGGCGGAAUAAUCAACGUCAGUCGGCUAGCAGGCACGAGGUGAGUGUGCAAAAAUGUCUGGCAGAGCAAGUUGCAGACGAGGGGAAACGACCAAGGGUUAUAGGCGCUGACCAAUUUGGUGGGGACAAAUGCGAGGACCUGGAAUGGAAGUCCAUCCGCCGCCGGCACAACGCUGUUAUUGAGGUUUUCGGAAAGGAACGGAAGCAUAGGAAGGUAAUUGAUGUCAAUAUUUUGUUGCCCGUCUGUCAAAGCCUGCAAGUUCGUCUCUAUUGCACCUAUCUUCGAGCGCCCACUCCGAUGGAAAAUCGGCCGACCGGGUAUCGAACCCGGAUCAUUCAGGCGGCAGGCAAAAGCGCUACCCGUGUAUCACCUCUGUCAGAUGGCCCUUGCUGA